AUGGCUUACCAGGACCGAGACUACCGCCGGUCUGCCGUCGAGUUUGACGAUAACAUCCGCACACGCACCGUCACCCGCAGCCCCGCGCCACCCGCCCCAAGAUCCCGCCGAGGCGAUUUUGAGGAGUUUGACGUCCGCAUCCGCGAGAGAGAUGGCGACCUGCCCGAGUUCCUGAGCCGCUCUCGAAGGCCUGAGGCUGGCCCCAUGGUCCUGCGCCAGCGCGAGGCCGAUCCCUAUGACCGCCCGCCCAGGGAGCCCAGCCCGAUUCGCUUCCGCGAGGAGCGCAUUGUGCGGAGGGCCCAGAGCGUCUCGCCUUCAGAGCCCGAGCAUGAGCACUCUCGCACCAGAAUCGUCGAGAAGAUCAGAAGCCCCUCCAUGGCCAGACGCAGGUCUCCUUCGCCCAGGGCCGUGCGCUACGUUGAGCCCUCCGACACCGCCUCUGAGCACAUCCGCAUCAUCGAGCGAGAGCGCGAGCGCGAGCGGGCGCCUUCGCCUUCGCCUUCUCCCCCUCCGGCGCCUCCCGUCAUCCGCGGCCCGGUCAUUGAGCGUGAGGUGAUUACGCACUACACAGACAUUGACCAUGGCAUGAUCCAAGCCAGACAGCCAUCCCCGCCUCCAGCGGCCCGGCCCCGCCCGAGGGAGCGCGAGACCCGCGAGACGGACAUUGACAUUUCAGUGUCCAAGGGCCGCACUGAGGUGGACAUUCACCGAUCUGCCAGCCGCACUCGCUCAAAGAGCCGUGAAAGGCGCUCCAGCCGCUUCUAUGACGACGACAUUGUUGUCCGUCGCGAUUUGAAGGUCGAGGAGACCAAGACUCGCAGAAGGGCUCACUCUGCCGCCGCACGCGGCCCCAUCGAGGAUGAUGAGUCUGAGUACAUCACCUCCAAGGUCGACUCCCGCGGGCGCAUGGGCGAGGCCUGGGGCGGUGCCACCAAGAACUGGGCCAUUGUCGAUGUGCCUCCCGGAACUGAGCGGAUACGCAUGGAUGGUGUUGGCGGCGCAACUACCGACACCACCUGGAGCAAGUACAGCGGUGUGCGGAGGACCAAGUUUGUGCCGGAGAGAGAGAGGGACCGGGAUGACCUGUCCAACAGGGCGCCAUCGCCUCCUCCCGCUCUUAGGGGUGAGCGUGUCAGCGUCUCCGUCCUCGACCGUGACCGUGAGAUUGAAAUCGACAGGCGGGUCGGCCGUUCCCCUGCUCCCCCCAAGGAGAUGUGGACCGAGAUCACCAAGGACCUGGUGAUCCGCGAGGCCAUCGAAGAGCUUGGCUACGAGUAUGAGGAGACUGAUCAGUUCUUCUAUGUCAUGGAUUAUCUCAAAUAUGACGAUGUUCUUCAAUUGACUGAACUCUCUGAUGAUAUUCGACGAUCCAAGCGACAGCGAGCGCGCGACAUUCGAUUCGACCGCGAGGUUGACUACUACGAGGAAGUUGACCGACGAAGCUAUGACAGGCGUGCACCUCCUCCUCGGCGGGACGAGCGUGAGCGCAUCAGGGAGACUGAGGUGAUUUACGACCGCGCAGCUCCUCGCUACCGUUGA